GGCACAAGGAUGGAUCUUCAUCUGUUUUUACUUAUUCUACUAUACACAGCUAUAUACAAAGGUACAGAAAUACAAAACUUCUUUACAAAAAAAUCAGCCAUCAUUUACACCGUAGCUGACCGUAGCAUUCUGAGUAGGUACAUUUGGUCGUAAAAUGACCAUAAUAAUAAUGACGAUAAUUUUUGUCGUCAUUUUACAUCUGUCAUGGAUUCAUUACAUUUGGUCGUAACUCGUGCUGAUUGUGCAUAAAUUAUAAUUCGAUUGUGCAUAAAUUUUAUGCAGUCAAAAUGUGGGCGAUGUAAACAACUUCGGUGUAACUUAUUUACCGUAGCAUUGACGUCACAUCUUUUCUCGCAAAGUUUCGGAUAGUCUCGUUCGUGGCGUCGAAAAAGCGGCAAUAGUGAUUGCCGCGGUUUCCUUCGUGAGCGAUGAUUUAGUGCGCCGAAUAUGUAUGAAUGUGCUGCGGAAGGUAUCUGUGUGGUAUGCGGUUGUAAUUUUUACUUCUUCAAUGCUAGUGAUAUCGGAGUUCGGGUAAAAUAUGAAAGAAGAUAUCAGUGAUACCUAUUUAUGGAACUUUUAAGAAUACAGUGCUGCACUGUUUUAGACUGCUUGGACAUUUUAAGCAGUUAAAUGUGCACUGAUUCUGUACCCAACGUGUUGGCCUGGCCCUAAUGCAAAUGGGCUCAUCUAAAGAAGUGGAUGAAAUUGUAUAUUAAGAGUUAUUGAUCUCUGGACAGCACAUUGUGUGAUAACUGAAAAACCAUUAUUGUAUGACAACAUUCAAGAGCGGAGUGGAUGUGUCUCUAGUGCCGUAUUCCACCCUCCUAUGCAAGGAUGAGUGGUCGUCCACGUACUACUUCCAUGAUUGAAGGGAGCAGCCAAUCUCAAAAUCAGCACCACAAUUGGGGAAACGUCAAAGUCAGCAGCAGAGAUGGAAACCAGCGGGUGACCACGGUAGUGGCCACCCCUGGCCAGGUGGGCUCCGACAAGCCGCACGAGGUCUCCUACUCGGACACAAAGGUGAUAGGCAAUGGAAGCUUCGGCGUGGUAUACCAGGCCAAGCUGUGCGACUCGGGCGAGCUCGUCGCAAUCAAAAAAGUGCUCCAAGACAAACGGUUCAAGAACCGUGAGCUCCAGAUAAUGAGGAAGCUCGAGCACUGUAACAUAGUUAAGUUGAAGUACUUUUUCUACUCCAGUGGAGAUCAGAAGGAUGAGGUGUAUCUGAACCUGGUGCUCGAGUACAUCCCGGAGACGGUGUACAAGGUGUCGCGACACUACAGCCGCUCCAAGCAGACCAUACCCAUCAGCUUCAUCAAGCUGUACAUGUACCAGCUGUUCCGUUCGCUGGCCUACAUCCACUCGCUGGGGAUCUGCCACCGGGACAUCAAGCCGCAGAACCUGCUGCUCGACCCCGAGUCGGGCGUGCUCAAACUGUGCGACUUCGGCAGUGCCAAGUGUCUACAGCCCGGCGAGGCGAACGUGUCGUACAUCUGCUCGCGCUACUACCGGGCGCCGGAACUCAUCUUCGGCGCGACCAACUACACGACCAACAUUGAUGUGUGGAGCGCCGGCUGCGUGCUGGCGGAGCUGCUGCUGGGCCAGCCCAUCUUCCCCGGCGACAGCGGCGUCGACCAGCUGGUCGAGAUCAUCAAGGUGCUGGGAACGCCCACCCGCGAGCAGCUGGGAGAGAUGAACCCCAACUACACAGAGUUCAAGUUCCCGCAGAUCCGCGCCCACCCGUGGCAGAAGGUGUUCCGGGCACGGACGCCGCCGGAAGCCAUCGAUCUGGUGUCUCGACUGCUGCAGUACACGCCGACAAUGCGCACCACACCGCUGGAGGCGUGCGCCCACGGCUUCUUCAACGAGCUGCGCCUGCCGCAGGCGCGCCUGCCCAGCGGCCGAGAGUUACCGCCGCUCUUCAACUUCAGCGACGAAGAGCUGAAGGCGAGUCCCUCUCUGGCGGCCACUCUGAUCCCGGCGCACGCGCGCGCCGGCAGCAGCACCGCCGAACCGGACGGCGCGGCGCCGCCGGCCGAGCCGGCCGCCGCCUCCUCGUCCGGGGCCUCCGGCUCGGCCGCCACCUGACGCCGCUGAGCGCCGCCCCCGCCCCCGCCCGAGCCGCGCCGCCGCCGCCGCCGCCGCCGCCGGCCCGGCGCGGCGCGGAGCCAGAUGUGUCUGUGUUUGUGUGCGCGCGCGAGCAGGGUGCCGUGCGUCGUGCGCGCGGCUAACACUUGGAGCACAGGACCUCUCUGCCAGCGUACACUGCAAUAUCUCUGUAUCCAUCGGUAGUUGCCAUUUGUGUGUGUACCUGCGGGGCGCGGCCGAGUCUCCCCGCCUGCCGCGUGCCAUGGGCCCGCUCUCCGGGCCGACCCUCGCAGCCCGCCCGCCUGCCCGCCCGCACGCGCGCGUGUGUGUGUUUUAUUUUCGCUGAUACGGCGUGAGCGCAACGCCCCGUUUUACAUUGCGUAGGGAGCCGUGAGGCGCGGCUCGCCGCUCACCGCCUCUAGAUAGGGGUUUUUGUAAUGCCGAAUCACUCGCCCCUCUAUCUCUCUCCCUCUUCUCGAGUCUCUCUCUUGACUUUCUUUCUGUAUAUCGCUCUGUAUUUGGCCGUCACUGUAUCUGGCUCUCUUGUUUCGGUCUGGUUUGUCGCGCUCUGUGACGCCGCGGUGGACCCAGCGGCUGGUGCCGACUGGCUGGCGUGCCGCUGCCUGAGCCGAGAGAGAGAGAGAGAGAGAGAGAGUGAGAGAGGCCGACGGGUCGACACGGGCCCGCCGACCCGGCGCACGGCCGGCGCCACUAGCUAUGUGAUCCACAUUUUUAGUCUGGCGUCCUAUGUUGUAUCUUAAGCAUUAACACGACGAGCGGAGAAGCCGCGUUUGAGCGGGGAGCUGAGAGCGGGGCGCCGGGCCGGCCGCCGGCGCUGGCGCCGGGUCGGGGCGCUGCGCGCAGUGUGACCAGGGCUGGAGCGGUGCGCGCACCCGGCACGGCCGCGGCCGCCGCCGCCGCGGGCCACGGACCGCCUCUGAUCUUAACUCCCCAGCUGCGUGUGUCUGCGGCAAAUGGAGCGAGCCGGCAGCCUGUACAGAUAGAUGAUCCAUAAAUUUAAGAGCGGA